UUUCUUGCAUAUGCUUGUUAGAGUCCAGUCCAUCAUAUUACUUGCAUUUUUGAGGGACUGAUGAACAUUAGGCACCAUGCAAUGGGAGGUAUUGAUGCUGAUACUGGUUGUGAUUGAGGUGCUCAUAUGCCCUUAUACCAAGGUUGAGGAGAGCUUCAAUCUUCAAGCUACACACGAUCUCCUCUAUCAUGGCCUCCACAUUGACAAAUAUGAUCACUUGGAAUUCCCUGGAGUGGUUCCAAGAACCUUCAUUGGGCCCAUCGUUUUGGCCAUCACUGCCUCUCCAAUUGCCUUACUUCAGCGACUCAUGCAGUUCUCAAAACUUUGGGUACAAAUAUUUGCUCGCAUUUGUCUUGGCCUCGGAGUUGUGUUUUCAUUUUCCCUCUUUCGUAAAUCAUACGAAUCAGAGUUUGGGCAAUCAUCCAGUCGUUGGUUGGUGUUUCUCACCCUCUCUCAGUUCCACUUCCUCUUCUAUUCAACAAGAACACUCCCAAACACCUUUGCUGUGAUUCUGGCUCUACUUGCCUAUCAUAACUGGCUGAAGAGAAAUGUGAGAGGUUUUAUCUGGUCAUCUGGAGCAGCCAUUAUCAUCUUCAGAGGGGAGUUGUCCAUAUUAUUUGGCACAAUUCUCAUUUUUGAGCUCUACAGAAAGAAAAUCUCCUUCAUGGAGUUGUUGAAGAAUGUAGUUCCAGCUGGAGUGGUGCUUAUAAGUCUGACAGUGGCAAUUGACUCCAUUUUCUGGAGGAGACUUCUCUGGCCUGAAGGAGAAGUCCUAUGGUUCAAUGUUGUACUCAAUCAAUCUCAUGAAUGGGGUACCCAUCCAUUCCUUUGGUACUGGUAUUCAGCCAUCCCUCGGUCACUGGGCAUCUCCGCUAUUCUUCUGAUCCCUGCAGUAGUACUUGACCGACGAUUGCUUCAGUUUCUUCUCCCAGUCACUAUCUACAUCCUACUCUACUCUUUUUUACCCCACAAGGAGCUACGAUUCAUCAUUUACACCAUGCCUUUGCUCAAUGCUGCUAUUGCACGAGUCUGCAGCAUUCUGUGGGAGCGAAGAUUGAAGUCCAGAAUAGAGGCACUGAUUGCAAUCUCAACUGUGGUACAUAUAUUGGCAAAUGCCAUCUUUGCACUCUUCCUUCUAAGGAUCUCUAGCUUCAACUACCCUGGGGGAGAAGCAAUGCAAAUCCUCCAUGAACAGCAUGGCCUCCUCCCCUCUGUACAUGUGCAUAUAGAUGUCUUUCCUGCUCAGACUGGAGUGUCUCGUUUCACACAGAUCAAUGAUAACUGGAUAUACAAUAAGACAGAGGGACUGAAAGUAGGAGGCCCAGACAUGAUGUCUUACACACACCUACUUGUGGAAGGAAGCAGCCCAGAGUCAUGGAGGAUCAAGCACUACAUGAGGACACAUCACAUUUUAUCAGUCAUCAGUGGUUUUUCCCAUGUUAGCCUUGACUAUAGGGAUUUCCCUCCGGUUAAGGUUCGGAGCAAGCCUCGCAUUUACAUCCUGCACAAGAUCGCCCAGCCUACUUCAUUUGAAGAAAUGCAAGGUAAAGCUGCUCUUGAGCAGCAAACGGAUGAUAACACAUCCCCAGAUGAUCAUGUUUCUGUGAAGAAAAAACCAACAAGAGAUGAGACCUGAUCAAGGGAAUGCUGUAGUUUGAAAAAUCCAGUGACCUUAUUCCUGUGAUAUUUGGGUUAUCAUGAGGGACUGAUUCAGUGCUGACUUGGGUAUACUCUCUUGACAUCAUUGAGACUAUCUCUCAUAUUGGAUUGUUGAGUUUGAGAAAUCCAGAAAUCCCAUGAGAUGAUGCUGUUUGUUUUUUUUUCUUAUUAAAGUAUGGAGGGAUUCUUGCUUUCAUGACAUAUCUCAUAAGAUAUUACUGUAAGUGGUUCCUGAAGUGGAACUUAUCUGGAAUGGGAAAAGGGUCAUGGUUUUUCUAGUUACCCUCAUUUGGUGGAAAUGCAUCAAUUUUUGAAAGCAAAAAAUAUUACUGAAGCUAUGGACAUGUUUAUAGCCUGUCUGCUCAAGCAGGAAUGCUCGGGGUCUCUUGCAGUUCCCUUUUA